AUGGAAAAUGGUCAUAAAUCUAAAAAAGCUAAAAUAAUUGUACGUAAUCUUCCGUUUAAAAAUUUAUCAGAAGACACACUUCGAAACUUAUUCUCAGAAUAUGGAGAAAUAGAAGAAAUAAAAUUGCUUAAAAAAUCAAAUGGUAAAUUAGUUGGUUGUGGAUUUGUACAAUUUAAAAAAGUUACCAGCGCUGCUAAAGCUAUAUAUUAUGGAAAUCAAAAAGAACUUGAUGGUAGAAAAAUAGUUAUAGAUUGGGCACUUCCUAAAAAAACAUAUCUUCAGAAAGUUAAUGAACUCAAUACUACUAAUAAAUCAGACGAAAUUAAAACUGAAAACAUUGAUUUUGAAAUUGAUUCAAAAAAAAGUGAUUCAUGGAAAAAUAAAGAUGAUGCCUCCGACAGUGAAACAAGUGACUUGGAUUCUAAAAAUAUAAUUAGUGAUUUCAAUAAUGAAACUAGUAUUCAUAAAUUUGAAAAUGAAGAUAGUGAUUCUGAAAUAGAAACUAGUGAUCAUAAUGAUGAAAAUGAAGGUAGUGAUUUUGAAGAUAGUGAAUCGGAAGAUGAUGAUGAUAUAAAAAAAAAGACAGGAAACACAAAUUUGAAAAUACCUGCCAGACCAAGUGAUGCAGAAGAUGGGAAAACUGUAUUUAUCAGAAAUUUACCCUUUUCUGCUACCAAUGAAGAUCUUAGAGAAAAUUUUAAAGCUUAUGGUGAUAUAGAAUAUGCGUUAAUUUGCAUUGAUAAACUGACAGAACAUAGUAAAGGCACAGGUUUUGUAAAGUUCAAGACUGCUGAUAGUGCAAGUGCUUGUAUUAAAGAUUCGAAUAACAUUUACAUUCAGGAAAAUCCAGUUACUGUCACAUAUGCUUUAACUAAGGAAAAUUUAGAAAAUAAGAAAAAAGACAAAAAAUUACCCAAGGAUUCGAGAAAUCUUUAUUUGGUUCGUGAAGGGGUUGUAGUGGCUGGAUCGAAAGCUGCUGUCGGUGUUUCCGCUUCAGACAUGUCGAAAAGACUUCAAUUGGAGCAGUGGAAAACUCAAAUGCUAAAAAAUUUAAAUAUGUUUGUUUCUAAAACACGUUUAGUAAUACACAAUCUUCCCUCAUCGUAUGACGAUUCAAAACUUAAACAAUUAUUUAUGAAGUACAGUAAUCCAAAAGCUGUCAUCAAAGAAGCCAAAGUGAUGUGGGAAAAGAACAAAUUUGAUUCGAAAGGAAAACACAUAUCGAAAGAAGUUGGUUUUGUAUCAUUUGACAAUCACGAAGAUGCUUUGACAGCUCUUCGAAACAUAAACAACAAUCCUACAAUUUUCUCCCCGAACAAAAGACCCAUAGUAGCUUUUUCAAUAGAAAGUAAAGCGGCUGUGAACAGAAAGAUGAAAAAAAUAGAAAAAAAUAAAGAGGAGAAAAUGGAGAGUUUUGGAGAUGAUAAAAAAAUGGAAAAAAGACGGUUAGAACCUACGAAACAGGCGAGGCAAAAAAAAGGUAAAACGAAAAAGUUGCUAGAUGAUGCAAAUUUAGCAAAAUUAAUAACAAAACAUAGGGAAAAUAUUGAAAAUGCAUCUUCUUCUGUGAAAAAAUGGUAUGAAAAGUAA